UUAAAUAUGCAUUAACCAACAUAGAAACCAUAAACAUGAGAACCCCAUAAAUAUGCAUGUUUAUCGUCAAAUCCUAAUCGAAGUGAUUGUAAUAUGAAGUAUAUGGAGAUGAAGAAGCUUUUCAAAGUUUUGGUCUUCUUGUUCGGUUACUUGACGUGUUCAAUGGCAAUGAUACCGUAUCGUGGUUGUGACGUUAUUGGAGUAGAUUUGGGAGAUGGAAUGGAAAAGAACGAGAAGAGACUGAACAAGGAGUUUUUUUGGUCGGGUCGUAAGUUAGUUUCUGGUCCGAGUCGUAGUGCUUGCGGCCACUAA